UCAUGUUAUGGCUGCUAUGCAAUACCCAUGAUAAAUAAGACAUCAUGCUAUGCUACAUAUUUUCAGAGAUAUUUGCAUCUGUCCGUUUUCAGUUGUUGCUACUUUUCUUCGUCGGAGUAUGCAGCCUUCACCAUUUUGCUCUUUCAGUGGCAAAAGAGUGGGCAUCAUUGGGCUGGGCAGGAUAGGGCUUGCUGUUGCCACAAGAGUGGAGGCUUUUGAUUGCCCAGUCAACUACUACCAGAGAACAAAGAAAGAGUACCCCAACUACACCUAUUACCCUACCGUGCUUGAAUUGGCAUCAAACAGCGACGUGCUAGUGGUGGCAUGCCCACUGAACGAGCAGACCCGCCACAUUGUCAACCGUGAGGUGAUCGAGGCACUGGGACCCAAGGGCGUGCUCAUAAACAUCGGACGCGGCCCUCACGUCGACGAGCCCGAGCUCGUCUCUGCGCUCGUCGAGGGCCGCCUCGGCGGGGCGGGGCUCGACGUGUUCGAGGACGAGCCGAAUGUGCCCGAGGCGCUGUUCGCGCUCGACAACGUCGUCCUGGUGCCGCAUGUGGGGAGUGGGACGCACGAGACUCGCAAGGCAAUGGCGGACCUGGUCCUGGGGAACCUGGAGGCGCAUGUUCUGAAGAAGCCGCUGCUGACUCCGGUUGUCUGAUCGCAGCCCUGGGGUGGUGGAGGAACAAUGUGUUGUGUCACCGCAAGAUGCUUUACGUUUUGGGAUAUUUAGACCCUGUUCUUGUGGGAAAAAAACAGCAGUGUAUGGGACCUGCUAAUAAAGUUUGUUUUCUUCUUGGGAA